AGCUUACAGCAUAUUCUUCAGACAUUUUCUCAGAUGGAAUGGAACACUGGCCUGCGGAUGAACGACAGAAAACCUUACCUGUAAAAAAUCAGGGAAGGGGAUACAAAAGGCUUCAAGUUCACGACCCUCAGUAUUGGAAUCAUCCUUCUCUCGAUUAUGGAACCUUUGGUGGAGCGACUCUCGUGUCAUCAGACGGACGGUUAGCUUGGACAACUGUUGUCGAUACAUCUAAUGCUCGAAGAGUGACAUCAGUUGGGGCAGGGCGUUGCAUUUUCCCUGCCACUCGACCUAUGAAUCCGAUGCCAAGUCGUCUUGCGCAAUGGCGGCGAAUCGAGGAAGGACUCAACUUCGUUAGAACAUGUUUCCCUGACGCCGACUUCCCUAUGGAGCUCGUCAAGGCGGAAUUCCAGUCCGACGAGCGACAAAACCGAGCAUUGCAAGUCUACGAUCCUUUGAGAGGCAAUCUCAUUAGUAUCGUACCGUCUUCUAGCACCCCUCAGACAUCACUGGUUCUCUUUCCAGUGGGAGAAACCACCAGUGAUUUGAAUAUUUCAUUUAUAUCUGCUACUAAUUCCGACUCGACUUUUCACGCACCUGGUCGUGUUGCAUCCAAGUUCGAGACACCCAUUCUCCAGAUCUCAACCUCGAAUGGAUCAAAUUCACCUAUGAAGCGUGGUACAAAUACUGUUUUGGUCAGAACGCUCUCCGCGACAUCUCUGUUGAGCAUUGAAUCGGCGAAUGAAGGCACCCACUUCAAGGCCACGCGGGAGGUGGACAUCUUGUCGGAUGACGCAGGAGGCAAAAGCGUGGCAGAUGCCACAUUUUCACCCCAUGACUCCGAUAUCAUUGCUGUGAACACCUCUGGAGCACUUUACACCUGCAGUAUAUAUCAAGGAGCAAAAGCUGUGCGGCGCAUAGGGCCUAAUGAAGUCAAUAUUGAGAACACGAACGGGGACCGAUUUUGGAGGCUUCGUCCAUCUGACCAAGGCUACUUCCUGGCGUCAAGUAGUUUCAUUCAACAUCAUGAUUUCAGGUCGAGCCAGCCUGCUGUUGACCUAUUUUCCACUGGCCAGUCGGGCUCUGUUGUAACAUCUUUUGACUGGUUAGAGCGAGAACAUCUCCUCACCAUUUCGACGACCUCGGAGCUCAUAUGGAUGGAUAAUCGGUACCCGAAGAAAACACUUUUGAGCUCUAAGCACAACCGAGCGCAUGAUAGAUCGCUCAAUGUCAAAGUUGUACAGCUGGAUAGCGGCCCCCUGACUUUCCUAAGUUCGCUCAAAAAUGGACUCGUCACCAUUUAUGACGUGUCUCGAGGAAAUGACAAUCUGAUCCACUCCCAUUCCGUUCCAACGUUUUUACCCCACGACGGUGAUAUGGGUGCGCCUGACUCGGAAAGUGCAUUUUUUGUCCAGCCUGAUAGGUCCACCCUUUUGCUCUUGCGGCUCUCUGGACAAGGCAGCUUCCACUGCCAGGACUUUGCUGUAUGUCACAAUGGCAUAGACAUACUUCCAAGACAGACUAGUGGCACUAGCCACGAUUGGUCCGCUGAUGUGCAGAAACUAGCUCAAAGAGCAAAGGAGCUUCAGCCUCAAUACGGGCCACUGAGCGCAAGGCAUUUCUCUGAAUUCAACCUACGGACUGCGUAUCAGAAAAUUUUCAUUACGGGGAACGCGACUGAACAAACUGCCUCUGAGGGCGGACUUGCCGCCAUGACAGACAAGUCAUCUCAAUUUUGGCAAAGGACAGAGAACACUGACAAGGCAAUGUUGACCUUACAUGAUAUCUGCCUUUGCACUGAUGAGCCAGACGAGGCCUCUCGAGCGGACUUUCUCGCUGGCGGGAUCAUUAACUCGAAUCUUGGGUACAAAAAAUUCAUACACAACAAGCUGCCGGUCCAAGAAAUUGCGAGUGGUGCGGCGUGGUCUUGCGAUUUCAAGCAAUUUCUCAGCCGUAUGGGGCUUGGUCGCGUGGAUCAGUGGGAGGACAUGCACGGUGCUCUGGAGGCUCUCAAUUUGUCUUAUUCGGACGAUGCCUCUGGGUUAUUCGAGCAACAAGAGAAAGAGUCACGAGAGCAGCUUAUUCUCGAUUUGGCCCUUUCUAGCAUGGUGUUCUCAGCUCAGCCUGUUUCUAUGUCUGCUGCUCCAAUCCAAGCUGACGAUGUGGAGACUAUGUCUCUUGCCGCAAAAGCUCUGACACUUGACGAUGAACUUCCCGAGAUUCAGUUUGGCUACUUGCGUCCAUAUCUCAAGCUUGGUGUCGACCAUUACCCCAAUGCUUUCAAAGGGAAGGACGCUGUCGCAGAACCUGCACAGGAUGCGAAUAUUUCCACUCCACUGGGUGUACGAUUGUUGUUGAGGGAGUGGGAGGUUGGGAUGGACGUUGAGUCCUAUACAUAUUAUGAUCCAUAUAAUGCAGAAGGCGACAACAUUGUCGCUCCCUCCCGAAAACGGGCAUUCCCCACCGCCCUAGUGGCUACGCAAACGACGACUACAACAUCACAACGCCCUCCGCUGAUUGUUCCAGGCUUCGACCCUCGACCACCUCCCAUUCACAUUAUCCAGAGCCACUGGGGAAGGUCCGGCACCCAACCGCAAGGCUUCAAUUCACAGACUACAGAUAUUCAGAACGGGAAUUACCAUUACCCUGAACCUUCACAACCCUCUCAAGAGUUGAUGACGAGUACUCAAGUGUUGCCUGGACGUUAUGGUGGUCGAAAUGCUCCGACGAACAAAAAGCUUGUGAAGAAGAGGCUGGGUGGAUCACGCCCGGCCAUUCUCGACAUAGACUGGCAGAGGCACGAAACUGGACUUUUUGUCUGGUCCAGCAAGGAGAGCUAUGGAUGGAACAAGGUACGCCCCCCGCCAAUAAAUCCCUGGUUCAACAGGGAUGGUUUCAACGACGUUUUAAAGCGAAAUAAGCCAGUGGUCUGCGCCCUCUCGGCUAGCUACAUUUCAACAUUUGUUGGAUAUCCAUUGGAUUCCUUGAAGUCGAGACUACAGACCACCAAGACAAGGAUGCCAGUACUCAAGCUUGCUGGUACCGUCUAUCGGGAAGAGGGAGUAAAAGGCUUCUAUAGAGGUCUCUGGAUACCGCUUGUCACGAUUUCGUUUGUCCGUGCUGCUUCAUUCACGAUAUACAGUAGUACAAAAGAAUACUGUCGUAAAAACAACUAUUUUACAGGUGAUAGAGCUUCUCAUGCUGCCCUCGCGGGCGGUCUCAGUGGUGCAUUGUCUGGGUCGUUGAUCUCAUUUACGAGUGCACCCUUCGAACUUGUCAAGGUUCGAAGGCAAUUGGAAUACAGCAUAGCCGCAACUAAAGGCAUCCAAAUGGUUAAACCCCCAAACACUAUCGACGCUGUCCGAGAAAUCUUUCGAACUCACGGGCUGUCUGGGCUCUGGAUAGGGUUCCGUCUCCACUUUGUGCGAGAUACAGCUGGCACUGCUUUGUACUUUUUCGAAUAUGAUGCCAUGCGACAUCUAUUGGGCCGCCAGCGCUCGGGAGAGCAGGGACCAACACCAGCAUGGCUGCCGAUACCCACAUCCUUAAUUCCCUUCGUCUGUGGUUCGCUGGCCGGUGUGUCUUCAUGGGCAUUGAUAUAUCCCCUUGAUGUAGUAAAGACGAAAGUCCAGCAACGUGCUUUAGCUGGCACUCCUCCGAAAGGAGUAUGGGAAACUCUCCGUCGCCUCGUGCGCGGUCCGGAUCCUAAAGAUCCAAAGCCAGUGCUCGCUGGCAUAGCACGCAUAUAUCGCGGUCUCGGCGUCAGUGCAGUGCGGAGCAUCACGACGCACGGGCUCCUUUGGACAUUUUUCGAUAUCACGUCGCAUUAUAUCGACCAUCUACCCUGACUUGCAACGCGCUAUUAUCGGGAUCGCAUCUCACUUAGAGACAAGGCAUGUACUAUAGCAUCUGGUUUAGGGUUGCCUAGUCUAUUCACUAUAAUCAAUAUCAUCCGAGAUACUUAUCAGUCAAAUAUGUGCUAAAGGUGCUUGUGCGAUAUACAUACCAAGGUUAUGCUAAUUGCCUGCGCCUCGAGGCGCGCUGUUUGCCCCAUCGUAGAUGUGCACCAAAUCUGACAAGUGCCGUGCAAGUGAAUCGCCGGGGUAGCUCAGCUGGGAGAGCAACAGACUGAAGU